AUGUAUGUGAAAGGUAAGGUAGACUAUGUUGACUAUGUUGACUAUGUUGACAAGGAUGAUUUUUCUGUUCAUGAAGUAAGUUAUAUGUUGUUAGAACUAGGUUACUCAGAAAAGGAGUUGAUUUUUUACCAUUUCAAAGUAUUUGAUGAAGAUUUGAACUUUAGUUUGAGGGCUUUAGGAAAUAACUCUGAUGUGAUAAUUAGGAUAGAGGAAAUAUGUGAUGAUGGAGACAAUGAUGGUAAAACAGUUAGGAGUACACAACAAAUACUAGCAAAAGCUUCUAGGAGACUAGCAUUAGAGUACAAUGUAGGUGAUUCUGGAAUAAGUCAGGUAGAGGAUGCUGGAACAAGUCAGGUAGUGGAUGCUGGAACAAGUCAAACUGAGGUGGUAUUAGAUGCUGGGAUUAACCAAGGUGAAUUAGAUCAAAGUCAAGUAGUGAAUCAUGGUGAGGAAAAUGGUAAUGGGGAUGAUGAUGGAGAUGGGGAUGACGAGGGAGAUAGUGAGGGAAGUGAUUAUGUUGCUGAGGGAGAUGGUGCGGGAAGUGAAAAUGAAGAUGAGAACCUAGAUAGUGAACCUGCUGAUAUUGUUGAAGAGAAAGAUGAUUUUGAUGAUUCAGAUAACCAGGUAGAUGAAGAUAAUAUGAUUUCUGAUGUAGUGGUCGAUAUGCAUGAUUUCAAAAGUUAUGUGGACCAUGUCAGAGACACAAUAUCAAGAACAAUAAUAGGUAAAAUCACUGAAUAA